GAAAACCCAAAGAAAUUAUCUGACUGGACCCGCGAAACAUGCCACUUGCCACGUGUCCAUUAAGAGGAUUGAAAUUCCAUUCUUACUCAUUGAACGUGGCAAGUCCCCUCACCUCGAUGAGUAGUGCAGUGCUGUGACUUAUGAGUUAUGAUACUUUUGAUGAGAAACCAAAGCAUUUGUGUGUCCAAAAUCAAAAGCAAAACAAAGAACUGCUUCUUUGUUUCGACUUGCCAGUUGCCACCGCAAUCUGCUUCAUUUGUACUACCGUUCCGACAAGAGGUCUCAUCAGCAACGAAGCUUCCAUGGUGGACCCCAUGCAAGUUCAACACCAUUCCAAUGGGUUUCUAUUUUUCUGUUGCCAGGAACAGAUGGAAACCCUGAAAGCGAGUGAAAUCUGGGCCAUUAAUCACACUUUGAUAACACGGUCGUGGCUCAUCGACCAUGUCUUUGGUUCAAGUCAAGGAUAAGCGGUACGAGCAUAUAGAACUGAUCUUUUUUUCCAGGUAUACAAUUUUGUGUUCAUGUAUAUAUACACUUAUUUAGCUGCAUUCAUUAAGAAUGAUAUGUAAAAUGUUUGUAACCAUUCUGGAUUUUCUAAUAAAGUUGUAAGAGUGGUUUCAUGACUGUAAGAUGUUUCUUACAUAGCAACAUUUAUCUCUAAUCAUAGACUCAGUGGCUUACUUGAAAAGAAUUGUAAUAUAUACACAAUUUUUUAUAUAUAAUCUCUUAUUUUUAUCUUAUUAAUUCCCUUCAUAACAGGAUUAUG